GCCCACCCUCCCGUCCCCCCGACGGGCUGUCCAAACCAAACACCCGUCCUCUCCCGGGGGAGCUGCGCACGGACUCGGAGAAGCGCUUCCUGGCGGAGAGCGGGCUGAGCUGGUUCAGCGAGUCGGAGGAGAAGGCCCCCCGGAAGCUGGACUACGACAGCGGCAGCCUGAAGAUGGAGUCGGGCGGCUCCAAGUGGCGCAGGGAGCGGGCCGAGAGCGGCGGCGGCGACGAGGCGGCCAAGGUCACGGAGCUGAAGAAGCCCAUCAGCCUGGGCCACGCUGGGUCCCUGAAGAAGGGCAAGACCCCGCCCGUGGCUGUUACCUCCCCCAUCACCCACACGGCCCAGAGCGCCCUCAAGGUGGCGGGCAAACCGGAAGGCAAGGCGGCGGACAAGGCCAAGCUGGCCGUGAGGAACACGGGCCUGCAGCGCUCCUCCUCGGACGCGGGCCGGGACCGCCUGGCCGACGCCAAGAAGCCGCCCUCGGGCAUCGCCCGGCCCUCCGCCUCAGGCUCUUUCGGCUACAAGAAGCCUCCGCCCGCCACGGGCACGGCCACGGUCAUGCAGACGGGCGGCUCCGCCACGCUUGGCAAGAUCCAGAAGUCCUCGGGUAUCCCCGUGAAGCCCGUGGGCGGCCGCAGACCAGCUUGGACGUGUCCAACGGCCCCGAGCCCUGGCUUCCUGGCGCCCGGCGCCCGGUCUGCCAUCCAGUACCGCAGCCUGCCCCGGCCGGCCAAGUCCAGCGCCAUGAGCGUGACCGGGGGCCGGGCCGGGCCGCGCCCCGUCAGCAGCAGCAUCGACCCCAGCCUGCUCAGCGCCAAGCAGCCGGGCCUCGUGCCCUCCCGCCUGAAGGAGCCGACCAAGGUGGCCGGCGGGCGGGCCGUGCCGGCCCCUGUCAACCAGACCGACCGGGAGAAGGAGAAGGCCAAGGCCAAGGCCGUGGCCCUGGACCCAGACAGCAUCUCCCUGAAGAGCAUCGGCUCCCCGGAGACGACGCCCAAGAACCAGGCCAGCCUCCCGCCGGCCGCCAAGCUGGCCGAGCUGCCGCCCACCCCCGUCAGGGCCGCGGUGAAGAGCUUUGUCAAGCCGCCCUCGCUGGCCAACCUCGACAAGGUCAACUCCAACAGCCUGGACCUGCCCCCGCCGGCCGGCGACGCCCUCGCCCCGAAGCUCCCGGAGCUGCACGCGGCCAGCGCGGCCACCGGGGGCCCCCUCACGUCCUGCUUCACCCCCAGCCCGGCCCCCAUCCUCAACAUCAACUCCGCCAGCUUCUCCCAGGGCCUGGAGCUCAUGAGCGCCUUCAGCGUCCCCAAGGAGCCCCGCAUGUACCCCAAACUCUCCGGCCUGCACAGGAGCAUGGAGUCCCUCCAGAUGCCCAUGAGCCUGCCCGGCGCCUUCGCCAGCAGCGCCCCCAGCCCCGCCCCGGCCGUGCCCCCGGCCGCGCCCCCGGAGGAGGAGGAGGCGGAGGAGCUGGCCUGGAGCGGGAGCCCCCGCGCCGGGCAGGUGGACAGUGGCCAGCGGGAUCGGAACACGCUGCCCAAGAAGGGGCUCAGGUACCAGCUCCAGUCCCAGGAGGAGCCCAAGGAGAGGAGACACUCACACACCAUCGCGGGGCUGCCCGAGCCCGAGGACCAGGCCGAGCUGCCGUCGCCUCCCGCGCUGCCCCUGUCCCUCAGCGCCAAGGGCCAGCUCACCAACGUCGGUCAGUGUCGCAGCCUCGAGCCCGGCACGGGGUUGGGGAGGGGUCCGAUCGCCGUGAGGUGCCUGAGUCUAUUCACCCAAAAUGAGCCGGAGACAAAGUCUUUCAGAUCCCGACCGGCAGGCUGCCCCCGGGGAGGCGCUGUGCAUCCUCGUAGCUUCGGGGUCUGAACGAAGGCAGGGGAAGCCGCAGACCCCGGUGUGGCGGCCACUCCCAGGGCGGAGCCCAUGCCCAGGUGUCCUCACUGGGCUGUGGG